GUGAAGACUUUCUGUCGGAUGAUAAAUGGUCUACAGUUGGUUUACGAGAUUGCAAACCGUACGUAUGUAAUUUUCCACGUGAACUGUGCAGACGGCCUGCUGCAAAAUAUCAGGAUGAGUUGAGCAAUACAUGCUCUAAAAUACCUGAAAACUGCUUGACCGCAGCAAAUGGUGGAAUACCAUUAACGACUGAUGCCAAUUCUGUUACUGAUAAUGGAAUUACGAAUUCAAAUAUCGAAGGAUCGGAGUCAACAACUAUUACAUCUUCAUUGUCAACCUACAGCAGUGGAUUUUCCGCUGAAGCACUGCCAUCCAUUCCUACCGGAAAAAUAACGACGAAAUCAAUUGAUAAAACGGUAGAUAUAUGCAAUUUGGAUCAACCACAAGGAAGAUUUUGUGGAUUUGCAAUCAAAGUAGCUUAUAACAGGUUAGCUUUAAAUUUUAGCAAAUUGAAAACUGUGCUCACAGAAGUUUUGCCUCAUUUGUAUUUCUCAUGUCACCUGAAACAUUAG